UACGGCCCGAGCCCGCGCAGAGCCCCGCGGACGCGGACGCGGACCGGACGCCCGAGCGGCCGCGCCAUGAGACUCCUCCCCCGCCUGCUGCUGCUGCUCCUGCUGCUGCUCCCGGCCGCCGUGCUGCUCCGCGGCGGGGCCCGAGGGUCAUUAGCAGUAGCUCAAGAUCUUACAGAGGAUGAAGAAACUGUAGAAGAUUCAGUAAUUGAAGAUGAAGAUGAUGAAGCUGAGGUAGAGGAAGAUGAACCCACAGAUUUGACUGAAGAUAGAGAGGAAGAAGAUGUGUCUGGGGAACCUGAAGCGUCUCCAAGUGCAGAUACAACAAUCUUGUUUGUCAAAGGAGAAGAUUUUCCAGCAAAUAACAUCGUGAAGUUCCUGGUAGGCUUUACCAACAAGGGCACAGAAGAUUUCAUUGUCGAGUCCCUCGAUGCCUCCUUCCGCUACCCUCAGGACUACCAGUUUUACAUCCAGAACUUCACAGCCCUUCCUCUGAAUACUGUAGUGCCCCCCCAGAGACAGGCAACCUUUGAGUACUCCUUCAUUCCUGCCGAGCCCAUGGGGGGACGACCCUUUGGCCUGGUCAUCAACUUGAACUACAAAGACUUGAAUGGCAAUGUAUUCCAAGACGCUGUCUUCAAUCAGACAGUGACAGUGAUUGAGCGAGAGGAUGGGCUAGAUGGAGAGACAAUCUUUAUGUACAUGUUCCUCGCCGGCCUUGGGCUCCUGCUGGUUGUUGGCCUUCAUCAGCUCCUGGAAUCUCGAAAGCGCAAGAGGCCAGUGCAGAAGGUGGAAAUGGGCACGUCAAGUCAGAACGACGUUGACAUGAGUUGGAUUCCUCAGGAAACACUGAAUCAGAUCAUGCAGAGUAGAAGAGAUAAAGCUUCACCCAGAAGGCUGCCCAGGAAGCGGGCACAGAAGAGAUCGGUGGGAUCUGAUGAGUAAAUGUCAUUUGUGCAGCAGUUCAGUCUGUGCUUGCCCUGCCUCGUGUUUUCGGCCUGAUGGGAAUCAGUGCAGAGAAGCCGUGUCACAUAGAAGGAGCUGCUUAUGUGUGGACUGAGCAGUCAGAGUCUGUGGCGAUGGCAUUGCUGACAGUGCACUGCAUUCGUUUCUAAAGUAACAAAUUUGGUUUUUUUUUUAAAACCAUUAAAUUGUGUGUGUGUGUAUGUCUGUGAGCAGUUGGUCUUAGCAGAAUCAUUGUUGAACUACCUGAUGCAUGCCUUUAGAACACGCUGUAGGGUGCUGUGGUCACCUCCUUUCCGACACUUUCCAUUGGUCCCCAUUAUCCCCAGUGUUACUUCAGGUGUUCUGCCUUACAGGCCGAUUUAGGUAAGUCAUUUGUUGCUUCCUUGGAGUUGUUCAAACCAGUGAUACAGGUCGCCUCUCCCUACUGUUCUCUGUCACAGCCAGAGUUCUAAAGGCACAACGGCAGAAGCUCGUUUUAAUUUUUUUUUUUUAAGCAAUAGAUUCAUUUCGCUAUAAGCCUGCUGUUUACUGUAAGACACACCUUCAAAAAGUUGGUAAAUGAAUUUGAGAAAUUUGGCAUCUCUUAACAAAAUUGUAAAACAUGAAAAUUCUGCUGACUUUGGCAUACUACUCCUAUGACUUUUUUUAAACAAAGAGUUCAUUUGUGCAAACUGA